CAUCUAAAUCCGAUUCGACUACUGAUGGCGCGCUUUCUGCGCUGCGGCGGUUCACUUGCUUCCUUCAUCCAUACCCACUCACUUGCAAUGGACGUCGUCACCAUCCCAGCCUUAAGCGAUAACUAUAUGUAUCUACUUAUAGACAAGGGAUCAAAGGUCGGUAUUAAAAAAUGCGCUGCAAUCGAUCCCGUCAACCCGUCUUCGAUACUUGAAAAGGUGAAGUCACUUGGUCUUGAAUUAACGAUGGCUCUGACUACACAUCACCAUCAAGACCAUGCUGGUGGAAACGAAGAGCUAGCUAGGCUGUGGUCAGCGACUUAUGAGAUCCCCAAGGAGAAAUUUCCCAUAUAUGGUGGUGAUAGAAGAGUACAGGCUUGCAAUAAAAUGGUUACACACGAUAGUACAAUCGAGAUCGGGGAUGGACUCCUAGUAAAGUGCUUAUUCACACCAUGUCACACCAGCGGGCAUAUAUGCUACCAUGUAACCGAGAUAGGUGGCGAUGCUCGGAACGCCGUAUUCACAGGAGAUACUCUGUUCCUUGGCGGUUGUGGCAGAUUUUUUGAAGGAAAUGCCUCACAAAUGUACAAUGCCCUGGUUAAAACUCUCGGACGCUUGCCUCCAUCCACUUCCGUAUAUUGUGGUCAUGAGUACACACUCAAGAAUCUGCAGUUUGCUUUGACUAUUGAACCUAAUAAUGAAGCCAUCCGAUGCCGCCUGGAAGAGGUUAUAAAAAAAUGCAAUAAAGGACAAGCAACGGUACCCGGAAAUCUCUUUGAAGAGAUGGAAACAAAUCCCUUUAUGCGAGUGGAUCGUCAAGAGGUACUCGAGCAUUGUUGCACUACUGAUCCCAUUAAAGCCAUGGAGAUUCUGAGGGAAAAAAAAGAUCGAUUCUAG